ACUUAAGCGCGCUGAGUGUGUCCACCUUGUUGAUAAAUUGUAAAUGGACUGCCUGACUUUAAAUGUUGCUUUACCUCUGACUUACUAAUGGUUUGCAUACAUUAAAAAGCAACAAGAAACAAUACAAUGUGGAUACUGACACCCCUGGAGCCUGGAGGUGAGACCCACUAUCUCCUCUCCAGUAAAGAGUAUGUGGUGGGGCGCAAGAACUGUGACAUAAUCCUACCCAACGACCAGUCCAUCAGCAGAGCUCACGCUCAUCUCACUGCUACUGACCAGACGCUGACUUUAAGAGACAUCUCCAAGUACGGCUCAUCUGUCAACAGCCAGUGCUUGACAGAGAACACGCCAGUGGACUUAAAGUCAGGAGACAAUGUUACAUUUGGGGUUUUUCAGAGCAAAUUCAGUGUGGACCGCCAGAAGCCAGUGGUGUGUUCAUCAUGUUUGGACGUUGAUGGCAAGGCGUCGCUCUCUCAGGCCCUGUUGGCUUUGGGUGGGAAGCUGGUCAACACCUGGACUCAUGACUGCACCCACCUGGCCAUGCCCUCUGCUAAAGUCACCAUCAAGACUAUUUCUGCUCUGCUGUGCUGUCGUCUCAUCGUGAAGCCGGAGUUCUUCACUGAGUUCAGCAAAGCCAUUGAGCAGAAACUACCGCCUCCUAAAGCUGAGAGGUUCCUCCCUGAGAUUGAUGAGCCCAGCUUGAGUAAAGAGGAUGUUAACCUUGCAGCGAUUCCAGUUCGCAAACAGCUCUUCAGUGGAAAGACCUUCGUAUUUCUCAAUGCCAAACAACUCAAGCGCCUGAGUACAGCAGUACAUUUUGGAGGUGGCAAGAGCCAGCUGCUUGAGGAAGGCUCUUUGCCCCGGGACCUGCUGGAGUCUCCACAGAGCUGUGUGGUCAAUGUUAUGACAGGAAACUCCCAAGCUCUGCUUCCUUCCUCUACCACAGAGUGGGCAAACUCUGUGAAGAACAUUGUUCUAAGAAACGGCCUCAGAGUCAUCCCGGAGUCAGAAAUUGGUUUGGCUGCCAUCUAUGCUUCCUGUGAUAGGUACUGCAAUCCAUCCAGUCCAACACCAGACUCAGAGUCGGCACCAAGAGUGGCACCCAGAAUCCCGAGUGCUUCGCUGUCGCAGAGCGUGGCGGUGGAAGAGACUGUGCUGCCUGCAGCAUCUCAGAACAUCACAGCGUAUGCAGUUAACACAGAGCCGUCACACGGGACAGAGCUGUGUGAAGGUACAGGGGUGAUGGCGGUCGGGGAGACUCCUGAGAGGCAGCUAAACCAGACCAGCAGUCGGCUCCGUGGAUCCAGACUUGAUGCUAAGAAGACGACCACUCAGUGCAUCGUGCCUGAUACAAUGAGCUUAUCAUUCAACACGGUAGAGAACACGGACUCGCAGACGAUGAAGUCCAAACCGACAGGUUCAGGUGCAGGCAGCAGUGGCAUCAGGUCCCAGCCAGCCCUUCCCAGGACCAACGAUGGCACGAAGACAUUUCUACACAAGCAAUCUCCUCAGAAACAGAAAGUCUCUGCACAAGCUUCCCCACAGAAACAAUCAACUCUGACCACAUUCUUCCAAACUGUCAACAAGAAAAGGCCUUUGGAGGAAGAGCUCUCCUCUGUCAUGUCGGAGCCAAAACGGCCUUCACUGGAAUCAUCCUUACGUUCAGACAGAGCCCCUGUGGCAACAUCCCAGACUCCACUGGGGUCCGCAGCUGAUCUUUUUGUAGGACGGUCAGAGGCUCAGUCAGACAGGGUCUCCCACGCUGUCCAGGAGGAGCCACGUCGUAGAAAGAGAAAGGAGAUGGAAGCAGAGAUACAAAUGGAUGAACUAGAGUCUAUUAUGUCUGAGGAUAUGGACUUCUUCGAUGAGCAACCGUCGGGGAAUCAAGGCCAGCCAGCACAGCUUAUCACGCUCAGUUCAACCGAACAGAAGCAAAGUUUAAAUACUGUGGAGGCUUCGUCUUCAAGCAAGAGGCAACGGGUGCACCUAGAAGACGAUGUAAAGAACCAGAGGCCACAGGCGGGCCUGGAAAAAGACAAGAAGCAAAAAUCUGACCAGCAUAUCGUCGCCAUCAAGACAGAGCCAGUUCAUCUCUUAGAAUACAAGACGACUAAUAAUGAGUCCAGCACACGUCCAGAGGUGUCGUCUGCCAGUACAAGUAAAGACAUACAGCUUUUUGACGAUGAUGAGGCGUCUUUCAUUGAGGACUUAGAAUUACUCAAAGUAGAUAUCUGCCAGCCUAAAGAGGAGACUAAGACCCCUCUGAAACCAGUUUCAAUAAAACAGGAGGUCCAGGAGUCAAAGAUUGAUGAAGAUCUUCCUAAAAAGCUGGUGUUAGUGGAGUUUAGAUCUCUGACUGUGACCGCCCCUCCCAAAACCAAACCACAGAGGAUGCAGAACAACAGCUACGCAAAGAACUUCAAAUGCUUCCGGAAGAUCUGCGUGCCGGGUGUAGAGGCCUCACCCCACGUCAUCGGAGGACCUGAUCUACUGGUUCACAGCAGGGGCAAAAACACUGAUCUGGAUGAAUGGCUGAAAGAUGCAGUUCAGGAGGAGCGUCAGAGCAGACGGGACGAGAGUGUAGGAGAUGACCUCUUUAGGUACAACCCCACCAAACAAAGCAGGAGAAGAUGAAACGCCAUCAUCUUAACGUCCUAUGGAGGGAAUUCAUUUCAAAAGGCACAGGAAGUUUGUCAAGCUCCAUCAUCAAAGUAUAAAAAGGACUCCAGAUUUAAUUCGAUAGAUAACGCCUGAUAUCUGCACUUCAACUAUAACUGCUUUAUAACUGCUAAGAUGAUCAGACAUAUCUUCCAGUGUUGUGUCUUGCUGUUCUUCCUGUUCUUUCUAUAUAUAAUGUACGUAAUGAAGCCACUGACAGCCAACAAUGAAACAAAACAGUCUCAUGUUCAGAGAUUUUUGUCAAAGUUUUAUUCGUCAAUAAUAAAAAAAAAUGCGCCAUACAAAACAUUAAAAACUCUUCAGUUGUACAAGAGAGUGUUAAAAUUCUACAUGCUGAAAGCAGCUAUUCCUCAAGACCAAAUGUGUUCCCUGCUUUUAGCUGAACUAGGAACUGAAGAGAGAUUCCAGUUGCUGCUUCUCGAACAAUCUCCGAUGAGCCUACAGGCACUUCUACAGAUCUGAAACUGUUCAGAUAAGUCGUCGUCAUGCCAGAACAUUUAUGGGCCGUUCUGUGCGGAUAGUUGAAGCCCACCCGUCUAUUCAUAUUCAAGGCAAGUGCCGCGUAUGAGUUGAGAGUGUCGACUAAGCAGUUGACAUGAAUUGUGCUGUAAAUAAACGGGCAGCAGAGUGUCAAAAGGAAGGAGGCUGGCCUUUAAACAAUUCUUCUCUCUAAAUUGCCAUGAGUUUAUUUAGCGUAUUACUUAAUGAGUAAAACCAAAUGUUCUACUCGGUACUCGCAAGUUGCUUUCUAAAAUCCAUACAAAUCUACUAAAAUGUGACGUAUGUGAAUGGACACACAAUAAACCUGUUGGUGCUUCAUUAAGCGAGCAGGUUGCUCUUGGAGUUGAAAGUGGUGGACAGAAGUGUCCGACUGUGAUCAUAUUUUUAAUUUUCCUUUUUAGUAAAUUCAAAACGGUAAUAAUUGGUUAUCUUAAAUAGUUAUCUCCUCUUCUGAGUCACCCAGUCUCUGCAUUCCUUACAUGUACUUUUACAUCCGAAGUCUGUCCGAGCACUUUUCUGUCCUUUGCUUACAGCAGCUGCUGCGAGGCAAUAUUUCAUGCCUGCAUGCAUGUAUUUAAUAUUCAUAUCAAAACAAUAUUCAGAAGUCAGUGAAAAAAGCAUCAAAGAAUAAUUCAGCUGAAAUGUAAUAAUUAACACGAGAAACAUUUUCACUAGUCAACUGUUAUGAUUACCAAAAAAAAUCAGUAAUGUGUCAAACUUCUAACUUUGUUAGUGUAAAAAGUAAUAUAACUACAGUAACGUGUUAUUUACGUAAUACAUUACCCCCCUACCCCCACCACACUCCCACACACGUUAAUUCAGAGUACCAUAUUGCAUUGAAGAAAAAAAUGAAAAUCUCAUGUUACAAUAAACAAACCAUGAGUUGUGCAAAGAGCAGCACACAAACACAUUAUGCGUACUGCAUAGGAAGGAAGGAAGGAAGGAGAAUAGAGAGGAAAGGGAGAAUGUAUUGCUACUGUUUCUGCUCACAACCUGUCUAAACUGUUAUUUGACACUUCACAAAACAAUACUGGCUGUUUGUUAAAUUAAAUUAAAAGCAUGGUUUCAUUUGAUGAGAGGUUUCCAUGUCUCAGAAGUCAAAGUAGGCUGCCAAAUGAAAAAACAUUCACAAUCUUUCUGGAAAAAAGAAAAAGCAAGCAUUAUCAGAAUCACAACACCAGAGUGAUCCUUUGAUGAUCAUAUCUUUUUGCCAGGAUACUUGAAUCCAAACAGUAGAAUUGGGUUUCUAAGAAUACAUUCAGAUCUGCAAGUGAAAUUGUUUGCAUAGAAAGCUUUUCAGUAGCACUAUAACCAAACCAACUUUUUCUAACUUUUUUAGGUAUAUGGCUUCAACUACCAACAAUGGCAGCUAAACAAAGAAUCCUCUGAAGUUAAAGAAAAAUGUUAGGCUCAGAAUAAUCAGGAACAUUAAGAUUGCGUAGCCAUGAACUUGUUGGGUCACACGUUCUGAGAUAAAGCUUGUGUGCGUCCAAUAUGGCAAUUACUCACCACUCCAGUUUGGAGUUCGGAUGAUCGUAACUUUGUAAGCAGGACCACAGAUUGCUCUGUGAGUGUCAGUCACUUCCACAGCUAUAGCUGUAAGUUGCAUGGAGAAUGAGCGCAAUGGCCUCUACUUUUAACUGCUGUUAGUAAAUGGAUUGAAAGACACAUGGUGAACGAAUAAAUAGCCCUGAUGAAAAUAAGGUCCCAUUCAGUUGUGAGGUUACAGAUUUACUAGAAAACAUUGACACAUGGUAGCUUGGACUUCUGGGUACUUCUUAUGAAGUCAGACAAGACUCUUGAAAGCUGUCUUUUGUUUCUUUAGAAACUAAUUAGCGUACAUCCACUGUCUUUUUGGUCUCAAUGCCUUAGCUUUGAUGAGAGAAAACAACUGCCUAAAUGAUUAAAACAUUAAAACUCUUGUUUUCCCCUUCAACUUUUAUAUCAGUUGGUGAGAGAGCUGGAAAUCUGUUUCCUACGACCUUCGUGUAUUGCUCUUUUCUCCAACAUGUUUUCAAAUGAAGUUAUUCCCUCCAUUGCUGAUGAGCGUCCCUUUCUUCUUGAGUCUCUUCAGCAGACACGAGGCGAUGCCUAAAGCGCCACCCUUCAAAAAGCGAACAAAGUUGUCUCCCACCAACGGGCCCAUGGCAAACAGACCUGGCUCCUUGGUACACUCAAAAGUGUAGGGAUGGAUGUCAAUGGGGUUCUGCGUGCAGGAGAUGGGUUUUGUUGGAUCCUGACCCAGGUACUGGCCCUGGCCCUUCAAGAAAAACAAGUUUGGGUUUGUCCCGAUCAGCACUAGAGCCAUGGAGAUCUUGAAUGCCUUGAGGGAGUUGUUCCCCUGCAGCAAACACUUCAUGUCAGACUGGAAGGACACCAAGCUGUGUUCAGGGAAACUGGUGUAGUCAGCAAACAGGCUGACGCUGCCAUUACCAGCCAUGUUACCUGCGGCAAGUUGGGGCUUUGGGCACAUCUUGGCACACACUGAAGAGGCAAUACUUACUGCCUGGGGUCUGUUUAAAGCAGAGGAGGGAGCCACGUUUGUGUAGGUCUGAGAACACAUCAUGUGGUAGACUUUGUGGUACUCCGGGUACAGGGUCUUGGGCAGCUGUUUGAAGAUGAGGUCUGAGUCGUCUACGCUCUUACGAAAGACAUGCAGCACUCUGAUGUGGCUGUUACAAGCGCACAGAACUGCAUCGGCAGCACUUAAACCGGCACCUACAAUUAAAACCGGAUCAGAGUGCAUAUCCAGUUUUCUCUGGCUUACGGCCAAACCCAGGUCUGAGAUGCUGUGGAAUACAAAUGGUAGGUCCUCCCCCUCUCCGCCUAAUCGAACUGGCGAAUCGGACGCACCAGUGGCCACUACUACAUUCUCAGCAAACAGAGAGAAGGGCACAUGAGUGUUGUUCUGCACCUGCUGGUAUCCCCUUACUUCCCAGAGAGCCCCCCCUCCUCCAUUAUUUAGACACUCAACUCCAUUUCCCUCAAACCCUUCUCCCACCCCUCCAUCUACUUGAUCACUGUGCCUAUUUUCCAGACCUUCCGCCUCGUGCCCCCGGCAGAGUUUCUGGACAGAGGUCACGUAGGUGUUGUCAACAAAAUUCUUUUGAAGGCCCUUUAGCUUCACAUAGUUACGGUAAUAGGAUGAGAUCUCCUCUGGGGUGGCUCUGUCACUGGUUACAUCCCUAGAGAGAAGAGACAGAUGGUGAGGAAAGUGGUAGCAGAGAACUGAGACUUUAGCCAUGUCUUUGCUGUCAACCUCUCUCAAUACCUGUGUUUCCCGUUGGUCAAGUCCCUGUAGUUAACCCCGGGAAGCUCCAUCCAGAUGCCAAGACUAAUAGUCAGCAUUGAGCCCUCCAUUGCCUGAGGGGGGAAAAAGAAGGGUAGGGGAGAAUGCAAAGUCAGAGAACAAAACGAUUGAUAGAGAAAUAUGGAUAGGUACAAGAGUGCAGCAGACUAAACCAUGUAUCUUACAUGCCAAGCACCUCCAGGCGUUGCCCUCCCCAGCACCAGAUGUGGGAUGUGUUGCUUCUUGUCCCUCCUCCACUGAAGGACAGGGGGGAACUCGUAGCCAAAGUCAGCAUUGGGGUGCAGAAGUGUGUCAAAAAGCACAGCUACAGGGUUCCUUGACCUCCCCUCGAGACCUUCACUUAAAUAUUCCAGAUCCUGCAAAAAACAAGUUAUUAUCAUGACACACCUGAGUGACUGUGAUCCUAUGUGCAAGGAAUUAAUGGGUGUUUUUACCUGUUCAGUGAUGGAUAGGUGCUUGGUCUCCUGCAGUUUCCUGUAAAGUAUUGGGUUUGGGUGCACAGCUGCUGUAUCUAGGUAGGGCUUGUGGCCACUCAGCAGGUAGGACAAACAAAUGCCUGAUGGGCCGUUACCUGAAAACAGAUCCAGGUUUGGGUGGAUUAGCAUCACAAAGGAUCUCCAUUAAGUUAGAUAAAGAAAAUUGCUUUUAAUGUUUUAUGUGUGCAGGAUUUGGGCUAAGUUGGAGUAACAACAUGAAACCCUUAAAGGUCAAGAGGUUAAGAGCAAAAUAUUUACCGAUGAUAACCACAGGGAAAGUGGGUGGGUGCUCUUGUGGCAGAGUGGUCUCUUCCAAAAGAGGCAUGGCUGCAGCCUGGGCCAGAGCCGGCACUGAAGAGGAAUGAUAGAAAUGAGAAGAAAGUUACAGACAUUUCUGUAGCUAUCUAUUUGAUACUCUACUAAAAGCAAAGGCUCAUUUGUGCUUUGAACACGUUCAAACCGGCUUGCUAUCUUUGUGUCUGCCAAUGGUGUUGUUGUUAUUUCAUGUUAGCUUAGAUCCUGUCUCCAUCCACCAUCAUCAGCUGACUCACACACCGAACGCGAGGAAAAAACGUUAUUCAUCCUGUUAUUGUGCUUCCACACACAGCCAUGACCCUCCCGCCACGACACAACGUGCCCCCUGCUUUUCUCUUUGCUGUCCCGCCAACGUCCACACCCCCCUGUCCUAUCAAACAUGGCCUGCGGCGAGGCUAGUCUCUGUAAACCCUGGUGCCGCUUCCCCAACAAAAGGGAAUUCUAAUCAGAUUUAUAUAGGCUUGGGUCUGUUUGUAAAACGUUGCCAUUGAGCAUGUGUAGUGUGUGUUUGUGUGUUACACGACAGUGCCAUUGUGUGCCCGCCGGGCAGCAAAUCCCCCCUGAUCACUCCUCCGAGUGGGCCCUAAUCCCACUGGGCCUGUUUAUGUCUUUACCGCCCCUUUCACCAGCAGCAGGGUGAGAAUGUGGUCCUGGCAUAUUGACAGAGCUCCUCCUCUCAUACCCAUCCACCACUACCACACACACACACACACACACACUCAUAGACAAUCCCGCCAAAACUUUACCCACCUGCCACAGCAAACAGUGCCCACUUGCCCCAGAUUCAUAGUUCAUACUAUCCAAAACACUGCCCACACCGCCUCUGUCUUACAUCCCAAAACUCUGGCUCACUUCCCUUAAAACCCCCAUGUCUCCCUGCUAUUAAUAAAGCCUGUCUCAUUUCACAAGCACCCCUCCAUCCCUCCCUCCCUCACUCCCUGUC